ACCAUGUAAAUGAACGAGGAAGGGAGAGAUGUGGUCUCAUCAGAGAGGAUGUUUGCAACAUAGCAGAUUGCAGUUGGACCACUGAACUGGUGCUCAGUAGUGUGAACAAGCUAACUGUCUGUGAGAUUUCAGAGAGAGGGGAGGGAAGAGCGGGAGAGUUACUGACACAGAAACAAAGCAGAGGGGGAAAGAGACACAGAGAAACAUUAGACAGUGAACUUUCUGUUCCUUUCACUAACAGCUGAGAUGGAGGAGUAUAAUGUGACAGUUGCUACAGGCACAUCAGAGUAUUCAGGGACCAAUAACUACAUAUACAUUACUCUGGUGGGAGAGAAAGGAGACAGCGAGAGAACAACACUGGAUAACCCUGGACUGGACUUCUGUAGAGGAGCGGUGGAUGAAUACAAGGUGCGUAGCCCGGGUCCUCUGGGUCGUGUCCUUUUGGUGCGUCUGGAGAAACAGAGGUACUGGGUAGAGGAUAACUGGUUCUGUCUCUAUGUCACCGUGGCGCCACCAGGUGGCGGUACAGCCCUCACCUUCCCCUGCUACCGCUGGCUCAUAGGAGAUGUCAAGGUGGAGCUACGAGAAGGCACAGCAAUGAGACUCAGUGACGACACCUCUCCUCAGCUUUUGGCUCACAGAAAAGCAGAACUGCAGGAGAGACAGGCGGUAUACAGAUGGGUUGCAUGGGCUCCUGGGAUUCCCAAGUGUAUUGAUGCGAAGACCGAGGCAGACCUUCAUCAGGAUGUUCGCUUCGACAAUGAGAAGAGGAGUGACUUUGAGAGCUCCUUACACUACGCUCUUCUAGAGCUGUCUUUGAAGAAGCUAGCCAUCAGGUUUGGGAAGUCAUGGGACAAUCUGGAAGACUUCAAACGAUGCUUCUGGAAACUCAGGAGCCCCAUAUCUGAAUACUGUAUGGAGCACUGGAAGGAAGACUCGUUCUUCGGGUACCAGUGUCUGAACGGUUCAAACCCCAGAAUGAUCCAGCGGUGCAAGAAGCUUCCGGGAAACUUCCCCGUCUCUGGAGACAUGGUGCAGGGGUCGCUGGCCCCAAGAACCACCCUUGAGAAGGAACUCAAGGCGGGUAACAUCUACUUGGUAGACUAUGCCAUCAUGGAUGGUGUUCCUACCAACGUAAUCAGAGGGAAACCACAGUACAUCGCUGCUCCUCUCUGUCUGCUGUAUGAACACCCAGACCAGGGACUCAUACCCAUCGCCAUACAGCUAGGGCAGACUCCUGGCUUGGACACGCCCAUCUUCCUGCCUAAAAACCCGCCCCUGGCCUGGCUAUUGGCCAAGAUCUGGGUCCGUCACUCAGAGUUCCAGGUGUUCCAGCUCCUGUCCCACCUGUUGAGAACUCACCUGGUGGUGGAGGUGUUCUGUGUGUCAACAUUACGACAGCUACCUGCCGUCCAUCCAGUAUAUAAGCUCCUGGCUCCUCACCUACGCUAUACUCUGGAGAUUAACUGCAGGGGGCGCACUCAGCUCCUCUCACCCGACGGCAUCUUCAAAAGGGUGGUGUCUACAGGAGGAGAGGGGCUUCUGAUCCUAGCCCAGAAUGAGUACAAAGUCCUGACCUACCGCUCUCUGCAGCCCUACCAGGACUUCCAGCAGCGCGGAGCCACCAAGCUCAGAAACUACUUCUACAGGGAAUACAGCCUGAUACUGUGGGACGCCAUACACAGUUUUGUCUCAGGGAUGGUGUCACUGUACUACCAUUAUGACAGUGAUGUAGUGGAGGACACUGAGCUGCAGGCCUGGAUAAAGGACAUCGCUGAGGAGGGCUUCGUUGAUGUGCCCAGAUUUGGUCUGGCCAGGGAACUACACAACAAGACAGAGCUGAUCACACUGCUGAGUGUCGCUAUCUUCACAAGCUCAGCACAGCAUGCAGCCACCAACAAUGGACAGUUUGACUGGUGUGCGUGGGUACCCAACACCCCGUGCACAAUGCGCCACCCUCCCCCGACGGAUAAGGACGCUGUUACCAUGGAGAUGAUCAUGGACACCCUCCCAGACGUCAGCCAAACAUGUUUGGAGAUGGCGAUCACAUGGCACCUGGGUCGGCCACAACCGGACGCAAUUCCAUUGGGUCAGUACCGGGAGCAGUACUUCACAGAGUCCCAGGCCCAGGAGGUGAUUGACAAGUUCAGACAGGAACUGAAGGGGAUAGAGGAACACAUCCUGACCCAGAACGAGGGACUAGAGUUGCCCUAUCUUUUCCUCCUGCCCAGCCGCAUCGAGAACAGCAUCACUAUAUGAUAUACUGAACAGAAAUAUAAACGCAACAAUUGUAAAGAUUUUACUGAGUUACAGUUCAUAUGAGGAAAUCAGUCAAUUGAAAUAAACUCAUUAGGCCCUAAUCUAUAGAUUUCACAUGACUGGGAAUACAGAUAUGCAUCUGGACACACAAAAAAAUAUAUUUUUUAAAUAGGGGUUGUGGAUCAGGAAACCAAUGAGUAUCUGGUGUGACCACCAUUUCCCUCAUGCAGUGCACCACGUCUCCUUCGCAUAAAGUUGAUCAGGGUGUUGAUUGCGGCCUGUGGAAUGUUGUCCCACUCCUCUUCAAUGGCUGUGCGAAGUUGCUGGAUAUUGGCGGGAAUUGAAACACGAUGUCGUACACGUCGAUCCACAGCAUCCCACACAUGCUCAACGAGUGACAUGUCUGGUGAGUAUGGAGGCCAUGGAAGAACUGGGCCAUUUUCAGCUUUCAGGAAUUGUGUGUAGAUCCUUGCCACAUGGGGCCGUGAAUGGCACGACAAUUUGCCUCAGGAUCUCGUCACGGUAUCUCUGUGCAUUAAAAUUGCACGAUGUCGUACACGUCGAUCCACAGCAUCCCACACAUGCUCAACGAGUGACAUGUCUGGUGAGUAUGGAGGCCAUGGAAGAACUGGGCCAUUUUCAGCUUUCAGGAAUUGUGUGUAGAUCCUUGCCACAUGGGGCCGUGAAUGGCACGACAAUUUGCCUCAGGAUCUCGUCACGGUAUCUCUGUGCAUUAAAAUUGCCAUUGUGUUGGCUGUUCGUAGCUUCUGCCUGCCCAUGCCAUAACCUAUUUACAAUGUUGACAUCAGUAAACUGCUUGCGCAUGUCGUCAUACAUGUGGUCGGCGGUUGUGAGGCCGGUUGGACGUACUGCCAAAAUCUCCAAAACGACAUUGGAGCCGGCAUAUGGUAGAGAAAUUAACAUUAAAUACUCGUGGACAUUCCUGCAGUCAGCAUGCUAAUUUCACACUCCCUCAAAACUUGAGACAUUUGUGUUGUGUGACAACUGAACAUUUUAGUGACCUUUUAUUGUCCCCAGCAUAAGGUAAUGAUCAUGCGGUUUAAUCAGCUUCUUGAUAUGCCACACCUGUCAGGUAGAGGAAUUAUCUUGGCAAAGGAAAAAUACCCACUAACAGGGAUGUAAAUGUUUUUCUGUGAUCUUUUAUUUCAGCUCAUGAAAAAUGGGACCAACGCUUGUUGCGUUUAUAUUUUUUGGUUCGAUGUAAUAACAGAACCAAAAGCGUACCUUGACUAGGCUAAACAAGCUAACUGCAUUCACUGUUCAACUAAACUACUAGCUAGCUGUAGUUUAUGCUUUCAGCACUAGAUUAACUCUCUGGUCCUUUGAUUGGGUGGACAACAUGUCAGUUUAUGCUGCAAGAGCUCUGAUAACUUCCGGAGGAUGUCCUCCAACCUUUCAAUAUUACUGUGUAAAUCUAUGGAAGGUGGUGAGAACCACAAUUCUCCUAGGUUUUGGUAUUGAAGUCAAUUUACCCCAAGGAGGGAAACUAGAUGUCCACCAGCUACACUAUGGUGCUACUGUAGAUCUUUCUUGCAAAAAUGUGUUUUAAUCAAUUAUUUGGAGGCAUGUGAAUAUAUUUAGUAUAGUUUUAACUUUAAUGUUUCACUAUUUUUCUGAAAUUCACUGAUGAGGAUGGUCCUCCCCUGUGAAGCCUUCACUGAUACAUACUAUAUAGAUUAAAACCAGGGACUGGAGCUGCCUUACCUUUUCCUACUGCCCAGCUGCAUAGUGAACAGCAUCACUAUAGAGCAGGGAUUCCCGAACUCCGUCCUGCACCCCA